AUGGCUCUACGGCCGCCAGGUGAGGCCGGGCCCCAGGACAGGCUGUGCUACCCGCCCAAGAGGCUAGAGAGCACCCCCCAACAGCUGGCCGCCUACUACCCGUCGUUCCCAGCCUAUGACCACUACAGGAGCACCCUAACCAUGACGGAGGAGGAUUUCCAACCUUUCCGGCAACUGGAGGCCGCCGUGUCUGCGACCCCGGCCAUGUCCCCCUUCGCCUUCCGGAUGGCGCCUUCCUUGGUGAGUCCGGGUCUGGCUCUACAGACGGAGCCGUUCUAUGAUCUGCCCUGGUACAGUAAGCUGCCACCGUGGUACCCGAUUCCCCACGUCCCCACGGAGGUGCCACACUUCCUGAACAGCAGUAUCGAGUACAAGGGCGCCGGCGGUGAAGAUUUGGGCCGCACUGGUGGCCGCAGCGACAGUGGCCAUUGUUGUGGACCUGAAACUUUAAUUCUGCCAACCCCUGUGGAUGCUUCCCUGUUACCUGAGGAGCCGAAGACCUCCGAGUUACCUUGCUCCCCCAGAAAGCAGUCUCAGGAUGGCUCCAAACCCCUAAACCAAGAGGGAAAGCCUCCUGAUCGUUUCCACUUCACCGAGGACGACCUGCACUUUGUUCUGUAUGGGGCCACUCCCAGCCUCGAGCACCCAGCCAGCCUGCACCAUGCAAUUUCGGGCCUCCUGGUCCCCACAGACAGCUCUGGGUCUGAUUCUCUUUCUCAAACUCCGGAUAAAAGCUCCCUUCAACUUCCAGAAGGUCUCUGCCUCAUGCAGACGAAGUUUGGUGAAGUCCCACAUUUUGGUGUGUUCUGCAGUGGCUUCAUUGCCAAAGGAGUCAGGUUUGGGCCAUUUCAAGGUAAAGUGGUCAACGCCAGUGAAAUCAAGACCUAUGGAGACAAUUCUCUGAUGUGGGAGAUCUUUGAAGAUGGUCAUUUGAGCCACUUUAUAGAUGGAAAAGGAGAUACAGGGAAUUGGAUGUCCUACGUCAACUGUGCCCGCUUCCCCAAGGAGCAGAACCUAGUUGCCGUGCAGUGUCAAGGGCAGAUAUUUUAUGAGAGCUGCAAAGAGAUCCACCAGAACCAAGAGCUCCUUGUGUGGUAUGGAGACUGCUAUGAGAAGUUUCUGGACAUUCCCGUGAGCCUUCAGGUCACAGAGCCAGGGAAGCAGCCGGCUGGGCCCUCUGAAGAGUCUGCAGAAGGUUACAGAUGUGAAAGAUGUGGAAAAGUGUUUACCUACAAAUACUACCGAGAUAAGCACCUCAAGUACACCCCCUGUGUGGACAAGGGCGAUAGGAAAUUCCCCUGUUCUCUCUGCAAGCGAUCCUUUGAGAAGCGGGACCGGCUCAGGAUCCACAUCCUUCACGUUCACGAGAAGCACCGGCCUCACAAGUGUUCUACAUGUGGGAAAUGUUUCUCUCAAUCUUCCAGCCUAAAUAAACACAUGAGAGUCCACUCUGGAGACAGACCGUACCAGUGCGUGUAUUGUACAAAGAAGUUCACUGCCUCCAGCAUUCUCCGCACACAUAUCAGGCAGCACUCCGGGGAGAAGCCCUUCAAAUGCAAGUACUGUGGUAAAUCUUUUGCAUCCCAUGCUGCCCAUGACAGUCACGUCCGCCGCUCCCACAAGGAGGACGAGGGCUACUCCUGUAGCGUCUGUGGGAAAACCCUCCCAGAUCAAGACGCGUUCUACUCCCACGUGAAGUUUCAUGAAGAUUUCUAG